CCAUAUCCUGGAACUAGGUGACGACCGCGACCAGCCUUCAAAGGUUCGAAGCUGUGGCGCUCAGAUAGCCUGAUGAAUGAUAUGCUCGCUCAGCUUGCUGGUGCCAGGAGAUCGGAGCAUUCGUCCUUCCUUCAGUCCUGAUGUUGUCUUGGCGUUGAUGCUGGUGGCGCAAGGUGCUGCGAUGACAUAAGCGUUUCGCUCAAGCGUGUAGGAAUAGUUGUACUGUAAGUGAAAGGAGCUGACUAUAGGCUAUAGCACCUCACCAGUUGAGAAAUGGGAGAACCGGUGGACCAAAGUCAAAGCGACGAUGCAAACACAUUCAGAGUACUGGUGGCCACAGACUGCCACCUUGGCUACAUGGAGAAGGAUGAGAUCCGAAGGGACGACUCCUUUGUAGCAUUUGAAGAGAUCUUCAAGCAGGCAAAGCAGCGUCAGGUUGACUUUGUGCUCCUGGGAGGUGACCUCUUCCACGAAAACAAACCCUCUCGGAUGACCCUGGUUCGCUGCAUCGAGAUCCUUCGCAAGUAUUGCCUUGGUGACAAGCCCGUUGGUUUCCAGGUUGUGAGCGACCAGAGUGUCAACUUUGCAAGCGGGUUUGGUCACGUCAAUUAUGAGGACCCAAACUUCAACGUUGGCAUUCCCGUUUUUACAAUCCAUGGCAACCACGACGAUCCAGCAGGAGUGGACAAUCUGUCUGCCAUUGACAUCCUGUCUGCCUCCAAUCUGGUCAACUACUUUGGCAAGAUGGCGCUGGAUGGCUCUGGAACGGGCCAGAUCAAGCUGCGGCCAGUCCUACUGAGAAAGGGUUCCACCAAGCUUGCGCUGUACGGCCUAGGCAAUAUUCGAGAUGAGCGCCUCAACAGAAUGUUCAAGACUCCACAUUGCGUCCAAUGGAUUCGUCCGGAGAGCACGAGCAACGUCGAUAUCGCAGAGUGGUUCAGCAUCUUCGUCCUCCAUCAAAACAGAGCACAGCACAGCGCCAAGUCUGCGAUCGACGAGCACCUGCUGCCCCGAUUCCUGGACUUUGUGGUCUGGGGUCACGAGCACGAGUGCCGCGUGGAACCGGAAGAGGUCGCCGGGGCGCAGUUCCAGAUCUCGCAGCCCGGGUCGUCAGUCGCGACGUCGCUGAUCGAGGGGGAGGCUAAGAAGAAGCACGUGCUGCUCAUGGAGAUACGGGGUUCCCAGUGGCGUCCAACGAAGAUACCCCUCGAGUCCGUUCGACCCUUUGAGCAUUCGGACGUUUCGCUUGGCGAUGCGAACAUUAACGCCGAAGACCAGAACGCAGUCCUCGACCUUCUGACGAGCAAGGUAGAAGAGUUGAUUGAACGCGCCAAAGAGGAGAACGCAUACCGGCAGGAGCAGAUGCUGCCCCUCAUUCGGAUACGAGUUGACUACACGGGUUUCUCAACGGUCAAUCCACAGCGCUUUGGGCAAAAGUUCGUUGGCAAGGUUGCGAACCCGCACGACAUCUUGCUCUUCACCAAAGCGACGAAGAAACGGGAACGAGCGGAAGGGAAUGACGUCAUUGACGAGUCGGAGCGGCUGCGGCCCGAAGCGCUCGACCAGCGCAACAUCGAGCUACUCCUGGCGGAGAGUAAUCUGAAGAUGGAGAUCAUCCAUGCGUCGGAUCUGGGGCGCGCCCUGGACUACUUCGUCAACAAGGACGACAAGAACGCGUUCCAGUCGUGCGUCAAGGGGACUCUGGAAAACACGCAGGCCACGUUGUUCGAAGAGGGGACGGCUCGAAGUAUCCAGGGGGAGAAGGACCUGGCCGAAAAGAUUAGCCAGCACAUGCAGAGGAAAGACGCAGAACGAGAUGCCCAGCAGCCAACCAACGGGACUGCCCCGGCGACGAGUGGCCGGACCGGGGUGACGUCAGCAGGCCCCUCUGGCAGCCAAGCAACCCCGCAGACGCCAGCAGCCACUCCGACGCCCACAGGCCGAGGGAGGGCACGCCAGACUUCUCUUUUCGAAAGCAUGGGCGCCCGAUCGCAGCAGCCAGCUUCUCAACGGCCCGCGAGUCUCGACAUGGAAGACGACGAAGACGAGGAGAAUUUGGUGGCGUCUCUCCAAGCGACGGGAACUGGGCGGGGCCGGGGGGGCAGAGGCGGUCGGGGGGCGUCUACCGGGGGCGCCAGGGGACGGGGACGGGGACGGGGGAAGGAAGCGGCUGGAACAAGCGGUCGGAAGCCAUCGCAGAGAGCCGCGGCCGCGGCCGCGUCGGCCGCCGUGCGCGCCAAAGCCGCCGACCUGGAAGAGGACGAGCUGUCGGAGAGCGACGACGAGGAGCUGCGGAAGGAACUAGAGGCGGACGCUGCGCUCGACGACGAGGACGAGGAGGAGGAUGACGAACCCCAGCCGUCACGGAACCGGAAGCGGCCGUCCAGCGGGCAGGGCCGCGGGCGGGCGGCCGCGGCACCGCCUGCCAAGAAGGCGAAAGCUGGGCGGCGCGCGUUUGUCGAAGAUGACGACGAGGAAGAGGAGGACGACGGCGGGCGGGGGGGGCUGAGCGCGCGCAGCAGCAGAAUGACGGAGAGCGCGUCUCAGGGGGGCCGAAAAUGGGGUUCGCUUCGGCGAUGAGCCUUUCCUGCUCAUCAGCCGGCUACUUUCUGCGUUCAGUCCGCUUGAUGUUUGCUGAGGUUGACCGUUACUGCAUGAAGAAGUGGUUCUCGAUGAUUGUAAGAAGCUCGUGGGUUGGAAGGACACACAUGAGAGCUCGUACGGGCUAAGCACCACGCACAUAGAAGACCGCUUCAAGUUCGGGCAAGUUUCUGAACCUCCAGGCGCAGCAGGCGACGCACCACAUAAGGAAACACAAAUUGGAUACCCUUACAUGAGCCCUGAAUCCUUUCAAUGAUGUCCUGGAUGUCCUUCGAAGUUCCCUGAAGGCUUUGGUGCAUUUG